AUGACAUUUUGAACCUAAUAAUCAAGUUCAUUUUUUAAAAGUACUAAUCUUCACAUAAUUCUUGAUAUUAAGUCAUUCUAAGCUGUUUAAUUAUUUAUCCAUUUGUAUGUAUAUCCAUAAAUAAUUACAUAUGGCUGUUUAUUUAUAUAUUUGGAAAUGCAUUUUCGCAAUAUACUUAUUCGACCACCAUACAAUUUUAAGUAUUUUUUAGAUCGAAUCAUGUACACAAGACUAUUUAUCAUUCUACCAAUUAUUUUACAAUGUCUUUCGCAAGAACCAAGCGACGCAGAUUUGACAAUAAUUACAGCUUCAACAAUUCACGAAAUACGGCUAUGAAUCGGAACAACACGAGAUCGAAACUGAAGACGGAUACAUCCUGACUGUGUACAGGGUGCUGCCCAAAAUAAAAAGGGAACAAAAACCUCUUCCCGUUCUGUUAGUGCACGGUUUGUUGGGCAGUGCCGAAAAUUACGUUAUCGCAGGUCCGAAACGGGGAUUGGCGUACAUGUUGUCGGAUCUGGGUUACGACGUUUGGCUGCAAAACUGUCGCGGGUCCUGGCACAGCCGAAAGCACCGCAGUCUAAAUCCCAAUAGGAGCAAACAAUUUUGGCAGUUCAGCUGGCACGAGAUUGGAAAGUACGAUCAUCCGGCAGUUAUCGAUCAUAUGUUGGUGACCACGAACAGUGAGCAGGUUUUUUAUGUUGGACAUUCGCAAGGCUGUACUUCGUUUUACGUUAUGCUGUCCGAAAGGCCGGAAUACCAAACGAAAAUUAAAUUGGGCAUUUCGUUGGCGCCCGCCGUUUUUAUGAAGCAUUUUGCUCAGCCACUACUUCGUCCAUUCGUCAGCAUAUACGACACCGUAAAGAAUUUGUUGGAUGCUCUGAAUCAAUAUGAAUUUGUACCCUUUAUAAAUAAUUCUACAUUAAGGAGAGCUUUGUUAGCACUUUGCAAACGAGAAAUGAUGAAGGAGUUUUGUAUGGGAACCCUGACUCUUAUUUUUGGAAAUAUCGAACAAUUUGAUUAUAAUUUGUAUCCCACAAUUUUUGGUCAAGUACCGGCAGGUUCAUCGACAAAUCAAAUUUACCAUUAUGCUCAAGGGAUUAUCUCCGAAAAAUUUAGACAAUUCGAUUUUGGUACGGCUAAAAACAUGAAGCUCUACAAUUCACCAACACCACCACAUUACCAUCUGAACAACAUAUCGACGCCAAUAGCAUUAUUUUAUUCACAUGGUGAUCAACUUGCAGUCGCAGAAGAUAUUUUACAUUUGGGCACACAGCUUCCAAAUGUAUUGGAAAUUUAUGAAGUAUCGUAUCAUAAUUUUACACAUUUCGAUUUUAUAAUGGCCAAAGAUAUUGUGAAGCUUUGUAAUAAAAGGGUUGUUGAAUUAAUUGAAAAUGCUCAAAAUGAUGUAUGACCGAAUAAGUAUGUUAAAUCAUUUAUUUUAAUUUUAAAGAGAAGUCUGGUAAAAAAACACUGC